CUAUCCACGCCUCCAAGCACCUCCAGCUCGCGGCAUGACCCCUCGCCUCUCUUCAGCAUCAUGCACGCUCAAUCGAAUCACCCUGAUACCCCCAGCCAUCCCCCAUCUUACUCGGGAAAUAAGGCCAAUACAUACUCUGAGUCAACGUGAAAGUCUUCGCCUGGGCUUGACUCAUCCAUCCUGACGCCCGUCGUCUGCUGACGCACCCCCGAAUACCUCCGCACCACGACCCAAAAUCAGUCCACAGUCAACACCCCGCGCUGGUCCCGUUCCUUUUUCUUGAACCUCGCAACCACCCAGCGGUAGCUCUUCGCCUCAAGAGCAUGCCCAAGAAGCAUCAGCCCGCCUACGCCUCCAUUCGUCCCACCCACAGCACAUCCUCGGGCACCUCAGGCACCUCGCGCGCAAACCCCGCCGCUCCCCAGCAGUCCGUCAACGACCGACUCCAGCAGCUUCGCCGCGAACAGGCCCCUCGAACCACCGUUCAACGCCGAGAUGAGAUUACAGAGCCAGGAUUCAGAUACGCCCGCAAUGUUGGCGCAAACGGGCCUGGUCAGCGUCGGCCUCCAGGUCCAGCAGCUCCGUCUAGUUGGCUCAGGGCCAGCCAAUAUGCACCAAAGAGUCUAAGGCGCCUCGAACGAGAGGGGGCCCUGACGAGAAGACAAGGUUUCGGAAAGCUGGCCAGAUGCUUUAACGACGAGCAUGGGCGCUUCCAUCCUCCGAAAAGCUUGAUUCAUCAGUGCCUCCGAACCUUUGCCAGUCACUGGCAGGAUCUCGUCGAGUACGAGCAGCACUACCUGUCCUCGCUGCCCAUAUCGCUCAGGGAAACCCUGCUGAGCUACCUAGCCCUGUACGGCGAAAGAGGAGACUUGGACAGCAGAACCUUCAGAAUCUUAUUCCAGAACGACGUAGAAACCGAAGGGAGUACUUCGGCCUGGCAAGAUGUCCGAUUCUUGGAUUUGACUGGACUGCUGCUCGACUCCUCAUACUCUCUGAAAGACUUGGAAAGAUCUCUUCCAUACAGCACAGGCAUGGGAGGUUCCCUGGCAACUGUGGUAAGCAGCACGGCGGACCUCUCCCUGGAUUCAGAUUCUCCAAGGAGAAAAGGCAAGCAGAAACUUAUUCCCCAAGUUGCCGAGUCAUGGGAGGACGAAGCCGACGACCCUCCAGUCGCAGCACCUGCCAUUGUUCUACCGCACAAUACCCUUCCUACUCCUGUAUUCCCACAUCUUACCCAUCUCUCAUUAGCGCAUCCAGGGUCGGCAUCCUCUUGGGUUGACCUGCUUUCCAUCUCACCACAUCUAAAAACACUUACACAUCUUAGCCUCGCCUACUGGCCGCGGCCGUCCACAACACCUAAUGCGGGGACAACAUCGAUGGUGUCGCCCCAUGGCGGGAGUGUAUCUCUCGGGGGGUCGCACUUUUACUCGGACCUAGAUGACGACUGGCAUGAGGCGGCCAAUAUCCUGCGCCGUCUGAGCAAGAAUACAUAUUGCCUGCAGUGGCUAGAUCUCGAAGGAUGUACUUGGCUUCCGGCGCUAACUUGGGAUCCGCACCAGGGUAGCCAACAAUCGCUACCUACUCACGGCACAGCCCGAGCCAACGAUCCGGCCCUGACUCCGACAGGCCCCGAACAAGACUCCUCUUCUGAAGAGGAUUGGCCUGGUUCUCCGUUGGCCGCUUCCUCUGGCUCUAAACGAUACACACCGACCGGCCCCGACUGGACCUCCUCGUGGCGCCAAAUCACUCACCUCAACCUCUCUCAGUCUUGGAUCCCGGCAGACCCCGUAUCUCUUCAAACGCUUCCAUCUGGCGUCGUCUGUGUACAACUUAUGAAUUGGUUGCGUGAGCAAGAGACUCUGGCCACUUCUCCGCCUUUCCUUUCUGCCUCCAACCCUUCCUCGAAGACGAAAUCAAACCGACUUAGCAGGACGGGUGAUACAGCUAUCACAGAAGCAGAAAAGGAUGAAGAGUGGAUGAGACGGAGGGAAAGAUGGGAAGCCAUUGUGCAGAAAGGGACGGGUCGCUCGCAUAGAGAGGUAGCGGAGUGGGUUGAGCGCGAGAAAGUCGCUAGAGGCGUCGGAGCAAAAGUUCAGGCUAUACGCAGAGUGUGUGGGGGGCUUUGGUGUACGAUUGAGCACGGAUGGGGAUGAAUAUGUGCUUCUUUUACGUCGAUAAAAGAGCAAUGUGUGUGUGUGUGUGAGAGAGAGAAGAAACAUAUAUAACAUCGAUGAAGUCACGCCGAUGAAUUGAAUUGCACUGCGUAACAUUGUAUUUUCUGUGUCCACUUUCUUGAGUUCUACGGAUACACAAACGUCCAAGAUGGAAAGUGUGUAGUAACGUUAUAGUAAAUUGACGUCUGAAUGUGCGUUGCGAUAUCUGCCUUGCUGUUGCUCUUCUCAGUUCCAAGUGCAAUUUGCUUUUCUGCAAGAGUGGCCAGUAGGCACAGUAUUUCGGGCUGCAGUCAAAAAUAGUUGAGGAAUCGACACGUCAACUAUUCCAGUGGAAAGCAUUCUUGGGACGCAAUCGCCGUGGGCAGCUGGAUCAUCGUGUUUCGUUCUCUGUCGUGCUUGUAUGGCUAUC